CCGCCAGUCGUUGUCCACUUACAGAUCCAUCAUCCUCUCCAGAUAAAACCCAUAAAUCGCACUUCGAAAAAAAUCGCGUCAAGUUGUCUAAAUUUAAACCCAAGUGAGCGUAACAAAACUUCAGUUGUGUUUUACGAAUCGUCAACGAACGACUAUGUUCUCGCUCUAAGUCCCUCAAAAAAUGUUCAAUUUCUUCCGUCGCUCCAAGAAAGAAACCGAUCGCACCAAGUACAAAGACGCAGACGCAUCUCCUACAUUAGAUAUGUGUAAAAAUAAUAAAGUCGAGGAUAUCGUCGUGCCCACGACGUCGGAAAUCGGGCUACGUAAAAUUCCAACGAAUGCAGUGAUUAGUGACGAAAAAAACGACUCGAACGAAACAAUGUGCGAAAACACUGCUCCCGUUUCGUACGCCAACAUUGUGAAAAAACCGGAAAGGGAGUCCAGAGGGGUGAGUGUGAAGCCGUGCGGGCACGGGACCACAGCGAUAAGCCCAAGUGUGCCCAUUCUGACCGGGAAAAGGGACACCAACACUCCGCCCUCAAGCCCUAAACUCGAACUGAAGAAAACCACCAAAGCGGAAGUACCAGACUCCAGUGAUAAUUUAGUGAAUGGAAACGAUAGUGAGAAGAAAAAUCUAAUAAACCAAGAAGCGAAGUUUCAAAGUCAACUCAACGAUUUAUCCAAACAACUAUCAAUCCGAGAUGCAGAAGCAACCAAACUCCGUUUCCAGAUGGAAGAACUCCAGCGAGAUGUUUUUGCCAAAUCUGCCGGAAUGGAUCGACUCGAAACUGAAUUACAAGCCGCACACAAGGAAUGUGAGCUUUUGCGUCAAAGAAUCCGUUAUCUCGAGAAUGAUCUUGAAAGUUACAAAAAAAGAAACAACGAAUUACUGACCGAACUGACUGAAAAAUCGGAAUUCGUCACCAAAUACGAAAAUGACACCAAAGCAAAAAUCGAGGAACUUGAAAGCACAAUCAAGGAACUCGAAGUGAAAAUCACGACUUUAGAAAACGAGCUGGACACACUGAAAAAGGAGAAGGAAAAACUGGAAGAACAACGCACUGUUAUCCUCGCUGAACGCGACGCCGAGAAGCAAAAAGUUGACGAGAUCCUUGAACAAGCAACAGCCCAGAAACAAGAAAUUGAGAAGAAGUGGAAGCAAGAUUUUGAGAAAUUACGCACAAUUAACAUAAUGAAGGAGCAACAACUCCUCGAUGAUUUCGAAUGGAAGCUUCGUGAAGUGCAACAAACUUGUAAAAAACGCCUCGAUGAUAAAGACAAGAGUAUCGAAGAGCGGCUCCAAGAGGCGUACAAGGAAGCAGAACGCAAGAUGCAAGAGGCCGAGAAAAUGAUGCAGCAAGUAGAAGCGAUGAAAUCGUACGAAAUUGAGAUUGAGAAAUUGAGAGGGUUGACUGAGGACCAGGAAAAUGCAAUCAAGGAGAUGAUGGAGCAACAGGAGCAAAUGAAACAGGCGGAGAAUAAUUUGAAAAAUGAGACGAAACGACUCAGGAAUUUGAUUGAGUUGGAGAAGGAGAAUCUCCAACACAUCCAAUUAAAACACCACCAAGAGAUUUUAGACAAGGAACGGGCUUUGCAGCAAACUUUGCACCAGAAACGGACUGAGAUUGCGAUGUAUUGGGAGGAACGGCUGUUACGAGAGUGUGGCCGUUUGAAAUCCGAACUUGAACAAAUCCAUAACGAGGAAAAACACUACGCUAUGGAGACCAUCAGAAGGGAUAAAGACGAAGAGUUUCAGAAAGCACAAGCAGAGUGGGAUAAAAAAUUAAAAGAGUGUCUCAAAGAGAUAGCCAAUUUAAAACGCGCCCUAGUUCAAAAAGAUGAGUUCUACCGGCAGGAGAUGAUCCGAACUCAGACCAACACUGACCGCGAUAUUAUGGAACUGAGACGUUUGAUGGACAAAAUCGACAUGAGUCACCACGAUCGCUUCGAAAAACUGGUCCAAGAGCAUGAAGCUGAGUUAGAACGCGUGAGCGAGGAAACUGAACAGAAAAUCAAAGAGAUUGAGGAUUGUUGGCAGAAUAAGGUCGCUUCACUUAGCAAUACUUUGGAAGUGGUCAAGGAGCAGAUGGAGAAGGAGUCGCAACAAAAAAUCGAGUCGCUAAUCGAACAACACCGAUCCGAACUAGACUCUCAGUGGGAGAAUCUCAUUAGUCAAAAAAGCGAGGCUGUGAAACUAGUUGAAGAUGAAUACGUCACGAAAUACAAAACUUUGGAGGAACGGUUUACCACGCAACAGAAAUCGCACGAAGCGAGGGAAGUUGAGUUACUGAAGGCGAUUGAUAGUUUAAAGAACGAACUGGGGAGUAAAGAAUCGGCGCUCGAUGACUUACAAAGUAACGUGGAUACGUUAGAAGGUGGUAUUCAAGUGUUAAAUAACGAGAUAGCGCAGCAAAACGACCAGAUCUUUAAAACCAAGAAAGAGACGGAUCAAAAAAUAAGAGGUCUUCAAGAAACCAUCUCCAAGCUCCACGAGCAACAGGAGAAGGAACGCGAAGCGUUCCGACUCAAACUGAUGGCAAACCAGAAGCAGGCCCAAGAAACCAUCGACCAUUUACAAAGAAAAUGCCAAUGUCUCACAAAAUUGUUCGAAGAAGUCAGACUUCGCUACGAAAGAAGGGAGUCCCGACAGGAAGAUUUGAACAUAAUCUCUGAUUUGCGCCAAGUUAUUGCCGAACAGGAGAAGGAUUUAGCUUGUCUGAAUGAGGAAAAACGGUAUUUUCAAAUGCGUUUGAUCAGCUUGGAGAAGCGAUUGGAGGAGAAUGGAUCAGGGGACGAGGACGCGUUUGAAGAUGCCGAACAGCCCAAGAACGAACCCCCGAGCUACCCGCCCCCGGCCUACCCCAACUUUCCGCCGCCCCCGCCGUUUUCCAUACCGCCCACAAUACCAGAAUGUGAUGAAUGAUUUCGUACGUUGCUAUUUUUAAUUAUUUGUAUCAUAACUUAUUGUAUAUAAAAGGAAUAAAAAAUACUUUACUCGUCA